AUGCUUCCAGUCCGGGGAAGUGGUACAAUGGUUGAGGGAAUUGUUACAGCUGCUGCUGUUGGCCGCAUCACUAUGAGAGAUAGUGAGAGAUAUGCUUACAUUGACAUCACAAUUAUUGAUAAUAACAUACCUGAAGAUGAGAAAUUUUUUACUGUCACACUGUUAAAUCCCUCGGGUGGUGCGGCACUGGGGAUCGGGUCUGAAGUAACUGUUGUAAUUGAACACUCGGACGGAGCCUUUGGGGUGUUUCAGUUUAAGGAGGACUCCAGACAAAUUCAGGCACAGGAAAUGGGGGACAGCAGUUACAAUAUAGUUGUUCUACAGAUGGAGCGUACAGGAGGCAGCAUCGGUGAAACUGUUGUAUCAUGGGAGGUACAGAGUGAUAAAAGCAAUGAUAUUGUAGACCAUAGCGGCAAUGUGACCUUCAGCCAUGGACAGCUGACCGGAGAUAUAGGGUUAAAGGUCAGAGGUGAUCCUCAACCAGAACUUGAUGAAUUGUUUGUUAUACAGAUUACUGCAGUGUCCAGGAUAAAAUGCCACCAGUGUAACUGUGCUGCAGAUUUACCAAAGACAACAAGAUCCAGAAGACCUGUACCAGCGACAUACCCAAACAGCAGAUGGCAAAUUGACUUGAAGAAGAUGCCUGCCUGUAGAGGUUACAACUAUGUUUUAAACAUAGUAGAUUGCUACUCGAGAUUUGGGUUUGGCAAAGCUUUGAAGAGCAAGACAUCAAAAGAAGUUGCCAAGGCCGUAAUCAGCUUUAUAUACAUGUACGGAGCUCCUCGAAUAGUUCAGUCAGAUAAUGGUAGAGAGUUUAAAAACUCUGAUCUGGCUGAUGUUGUGAUGGAGUUUGAAGCAAUACAGAUGCAUGGAAGACCCUACCAUCCACAGUCUCAAGGAAGAGUAGAACGGUUCAAUAGAACAAUGACUGAUUACUUCAGGCAUAAGAUGGUCGAUGAGAGGAACUGGGUUUCACAGUUACCCGAAUUUUACUACAGUUACAAUAACAGAAUACACAGAUCUACCAGGCCUUCAACACCGUACCAAAAGUUUUUUAAAAGGCCAAAUUUUGCUACACCCGUAGAUGAUAAGGUUCCCUAUGCAUCUCUCACAGCAGAAGAGAAGGAAUUCUUAAAAACGGCGCAUUUAGACGUAGAAGGCGAUACAGAGGAUAUUCAUCAUGAUGACGUGGUCGAUAAUGUGUUUGUUGCAACUAAGGCUUUAUCUGAUAUGGAAGAAGUAUAUGGAGAGGUGGCGGAGGCCGGUACUAACAGCGAAGAAGAAAUUAGGUACACAGUUUUUGUCGAGAGCGAAAUUAGUAUGCAUCCGGUGACUGAACGGAACAUAACUGGAAGUCAAAGGUCAGACGGUAUUAAAUACAACUGGACACCAAUUUCAAUGCCAGCACUAACACCUGUGCAUCUAACACCUAACGCAAAUUGCACAGAAAAAACAGUAAAGCAGAUAUAUGACAGAGAGUCGCCGAUACCACGGACUGAAACAUCCCGAGGAGAACAAAGAGACAUUGUGGUAUAUGAUAGCGAGGCGCCUAUCCCACUGGCAACAGGAACACCAGAGGAAAGAAAUUUUAUCGGAGUGAAAGAAGAUGUCGAGCCAAGGGAAUUUGAAGUGGAUAAGCCACAGGGAACAGAUCUAAAUGUAAGGACACAUCAUAAACGUAUUGUUUUACGUCAUUACAAAAAACUAACAGUUAAUGAAUACAUUGAAAAAUGGAGGAAGCGCAAAUCUGUGGAAAAUGAAGAAAACGCUGGAAAUGAAUCAGAGAGGAAAAGAUCUAAUAACAGUCGCGUUGACAGGAAGGAGCUACAUAGAAGAAUGUUUCCUCUGGAACAGUUUAAUGACAACCUGCUACAUGACGACAUGUAUUGCCCGAAUGCAGGGGAAAGUGUGUAUUACCGAUUGAAUCCUGCCCUCAGUGCCGGGACAAGUUGUUUCAAUACUGGAUUUUAUCGUCCUGGAAAAUGUGUUGGUGUCAAAUACACUGACACAGGUAGGCUUUACAGAAUUUAUGAUGACAGGAAUGGAACAGAACACACACUCAACAGGUUUCAAAUCAAACAAGCCUGA